UUAUUGCUUUAUGGGAUUACGUGGAAGGGAAUUGAUACAACCACUUGAUAUUAAAAACUUUGACGAAAGUUUGCACUUUUCUAAUUUUAUUAAGAUUAAUGAAGUGAAUGAAUCAAUCAUUGCUACCUGA